AUGACCGCCUCUCUCCUCGGCCUCUGCCUCUCGGCCCCCCUCAUCCUGGCCUGGGUCGCGCCGCCCGUCACUUCUUCAUGGUGGUACAUGAGAGCGGCGGGCUCCUCGAGGGUGAUGUGUGACAACGUGCCAGGCCUGAUCAGCCGCCAGCGGCAAUUGUGCCACCGGCACCCGGAAGUCAUGCGCUCCAUCGGCCUGGGCAUCGCCGAGUGGACAGCGGAGUGUCAGCACCAGUUCCGCCAACACCGAUGGAACUGCAACACCUUGGAUCGGGACCACAGCCUGUUCGGCCGAGUCCUGCUGCGCAGUAGCCGGGAGGCUGCUUUCGUCUAUGCCAUCUCCUCUGCGGGAGUUGUCUUUGCCAUCACCAGGGCCUGCAGCCAAGGGGAGCUCAAGUCCUGUUCCUGUGACCCCAAGAAGAAAGGCUCUGCCAAGGACAGCAAGGGCACUUUCGACUGGGGCGGAUGCAGCGAUAACAUUGACUAUGGCAUCAAGUUCGCCCGGGCAUUUGUGGACGCCAAGGAGAGGAAAGGAAAAGAUGCCAGAGCCCUAAUGAAUCUUCACAACAACCGAGCAGGAAGGAAGGCCGUCAAGCGGUUCCUGAAGCAAGAGUGUAAAUGUCAUGGGGUGAGUGGAUCCUGUACUCUGAGGACCUGUUGGCUCGCCAUGGCGGACUUUAGGAAAACAGGAGAUUAUCUGUGGAGAAAAUACAAUGGGGCCAUUCAGGUGGUCAUGAAUCAAGACGGGACCGGCUUCACCGUAGCAAACAAGAGGUUCAAGAAACCAACCAAAAAUGACUUGGUGUAUUUUGAGAACUCUCCAGACUACUGUAUCAAGGACCGGGAUGCAGGCUCCCUAGGGACGGCAGGCCGGGUGUGCAACCUGACGUCCCGCGGCAUGGACAGCUGCGAGGUCAUGUGCUGCGGGCGGGGCUACGACACGGCCCGUGUCACCAGGAUGACCAAGUGCGAGUGCAAGUUCCACUGGUGCUGCGCCGUCCGCUGUCAGGACUGCCUGGAAGCGGUCGAUGUGCACACGUGCAAAGCCCCCAGCAGCGCCAGCGAAGGUGCCCCUAUAUGACAGCCUCAGGCCCAGCCUGCGGACACACUGGACUUCUCGCUUCCCUCCAGGCCAUCUCUCCCCAGGUGUGCAGAAG